CUUGCCUCUAUUAAUAUAAGCACUGUGUGGAGAGGACAGAAGAACCCAUAUUAAGGACCAACAUUAAUGAUUGUAAAAGCCAGACCAUCUUUUACACUCAGUGUGAACAUCAAUUAAGCAUCCAUCCAUCGUGGCCUAAAUGCAGCAUCUCUACCCAAUGUAGGAGCAUGCAGAGUAAGGAGCACUGUCAGCAUCCUAAGUGGGGACAAACAGCGCCCGGUGUGUGGAACGACAUCAGGAUCCAGUGUACGGAUAUGACAGCUUGAACAGUCUCCAGCAUCAAAAAGCUGUGUUUAAAAAGAUUCUCAGGUACGAAGGUUAAAGGGCAGCCCGCCUCUCAUCCUUGUCAGGGGCAACAUGGUACAAGAUAUACCUCUCUGGACCUUCUCUAUUGUCCUCUUUCUGCAGCUGCUUUCUGCUAUUGAAGUGCCAUUGGACCUAUCUCAGCCCCCAACCAUCACCAAGCAAUCGGAAAAGAACUAUAUAGUGGAUCCUCGAGAUAACAUUUACAUUGUGUGUGAAGCUCAGGGCAACCCAUAUCCGACGUUUUCAUGGACACGUAAUGGAAGAUUUUACAAUGUGGCCAAGGACUCAAAAGUUUCAUUCCAUAAACGAUCAGGAACUCUGCUUAUAGAUAUCCAUGGCGGAGGGCGACCUGAGGAUUAUGAAGGAGAGUAUCAGUGUUUUUCUCGCAACAAGCAUGGGACGGCCCUCUCCAACAAAAUCUUGUUGCAAGUCUCCAGGUCUCCCCUGUGGCCUAAGGAAAGUCUGGACCCUGUAGUAGUGAAUGAAGGAGCCUCCCUCAUCCUGCAGUGCAACCCUCCCCCAGGGCUCCCUCCUCCUGUUAUAUUCUGGAUGAGCAGUGCCAUGGAAUCUAUCCCUCAGGACAAAAGGGUGUCCCAGGGACUGAAUGGGGACCUAUAUUUCUCGAAUGUGCUACGAGAAGAUGCUUUGACUGAUUACAGCUGCAAUGCACGCUCUCAUUUCACACACACCAUACAGCAGAAAAAUGCUUAUAGUCUUAAAGUUUUGACCACUCGAGGUGUGGCAGAGAGAAUCCCAAGCUUCUUGCUACCCACAGGUACCUCUACCAGCAAGCUUGUUCUACGUGAUGAAGAUCUGCUUCUGGAGUGUAUCGCCUCGGGGGUACCAGCUCCAGACAUAAGGUGGUUUAAGAAGGGAGGAGAUCUCCCACUCAGGAAAUUACGGUUUGAAAACUUCAACAAAACCCUGCGUGUUGAGAAAGUGUCUGAGGAGGACUCAGGGGAGUAUUUCUGCCAGGCUUCUAACAAAAUGGGCAGCAUCAGACAUACCAUCUCUGUCCGAGUCAAGGCGGCACCAUAUUGGCUGGAUGAGCCCAAGAACCUGAUACUUGCACCUGGCGAGGAUGGGCGAUUGGUGUGUCGCGCCAAUGGCAGCCCAAAACCUAAUAUCCAGUGGCUAAUGAACGGUGAAGCCAUUACAGCAUCUGAUCCAAAUCUAAACUUUGAGAUCGCUGGAGACACCAUCAUCUUCCGAGAUGUGCAGAGCGGAAAUAGCGCAGUAUUCCAGUGCAAUGCAUCUAAUGAGCAUGGCUACUUGCUGGCAAAUGCCUUCAUCAGCAUCCUGGAUGUUCCAUCUCGGAUGUUGGGUCUCCGAAAUCAGUUAAUAAAGGUGAUCGAAAACAACAGAACGCAACUAGACUGCCCAUUUUUUGGCUCUCCAAUACCCACCUUACGUUGGUUUAAGAACGGGCAGGGAAGUAACCUGGAUGGAGGAAAUUAUCGAGUGCAUGAGAAUGGCACCCUGGAGAUUAUAAGUGUCCGAAAAGAGGAUCAAGGCAAAUACACUUGUGUGGCUACCAAUAUCCUGGGGAAAGCAGAAAAUACUGUGCGACUGGAGGUCAAAGAACCAACCCGUGUUGUGAAACGCCCUGAAGAUCAGAUUACUAAGAGGGGUUCCCCAGUGCGCCUGGACUGCCGCGUACGCAGUGAUCCUUCCCUAAGACUUACUGUAACAUGGAUGAAGGAUGACAUCUACCUGGAUAUAACAAGCAGGAUGAAGAAGGAGGAAGAUGGUCUCACAAUAUACGCAGCAGCAGAGUUUGACCAGGGCGCAUACACAUGUGUGGCCAAAACAGAGCUAGAUCAGGAUUUUGCCAAAGCGUAUCUCACCGUCCAGGAAACUUCCUCCUCACCUACUAGCAAUCUGACCGCAGAUAAACCAGACCGUCCAACAGACUUGGAGCUUUCUGAUCUGGCAGAGAUGAGUGUUCGACUAACCUGGACUCCAGGUGAUGACAACAACAGCCCCAUAACAGGUUUCAUUGUUCAGUUUGAGGAAGAUCGUUUUCAACCAGGCACCUGGCACAACCUUGCCUCUGUCCCUGGUAACAUAAAUACAGUAGUGCUCAAACUCUCUCCCUAUGUCAACUACCAAUUCCGGGUUCUGGCUCUAAAUGACCUAGGGAGCAGCAUGCCCAGCCCUUCUUCUGAGCGUUACCAGACUAACGGAGCUUCUCCAGAAUAUAACCCAAGAAAUGUCCAGGGAAAAGGAACGCAGAAAGGCAAUAUGGAGAUCACGUGGACCCCACUGAACUCUACGCAGGCAUAUGGUCCAAAUCUGCGUUAUAAUGUAAGAUGGCGUCAGCGUGGCACUGGAGAGGCAUGGAGCAAUGUUACAGUGUGGGGAAUCAAAUACGUGGUGUGGAACACUCCUGUGUAUACACCGUACGAGAUCAAAGUCCAGGCGGAAAAUGAGUUUGGAAAGGCGCCAGAGCCAAGCACUGUGAUUGGAUACUCUGGAGAAGACUAUCCUAAGGCUGCGCCCACUGACAUUAAGCUGAGACUCAUUAACAGCACGGCCAUCGCUCUUCAGUGGACUCGAGUGGCUCCUGCCUCUAUCCAAGGAAGUCUACUGGAAUACAGAGCCUAUUACUGGAGAGAGAGUAGUUUGCUGAAGGGAAUAUGGAUUUCCCGAAAGAAGCAACAGCAAAGUUUUGUUGGCGACAAGGUGCGAGGAAUUGUCUCACAGCUGAUCCCUUACAGCAACUACAAACUGCAUAUGGUGGCGGUGAAUGGGCGAGGAGACGGCCCUAAAAGUGACAUGAAGGAGUUUACCACCCCCGAGGGAGUGCCAAGUGUCCCAAGAUACUUCAGAGUUCGACAGCCAAACUUGGAAACAAUAUACUUGGAAUGGGACCAUCCAGAGCAUCCCAAUGGAAAUCUGACUGGAUACACUCUCCGCUACCAAGCAUUUAAUGGAUCGAGGUUUGCUAAGGCUGUUGUAGAACAUUUAUCUGCCAACCAGACCAAGUAUACCCUGCAAAGAAAAGACCCAUUCUCUAGGUAUCGCUUUAAUCUGAAUGCAAGGACACACGUUGGUGCUGGGGAAGUCAUCACGGAUGAGUCUCCUGUUAUUCAGGAUGAAGUUCCUCCCACUUCAGUUCCUCCUACAUCGCCGGCUCCUGUGACAGAAGCUCCCACAGAGAUCCUGACUAUCCCCCCAACUACCACUGGUGUCCCCAGCACUGCCCCUACUACUACUACAGUCGUCACAACAACAGUCCUCAUUACUACUGGUACUGACAAGAUGGUGGUACCUGUCACUAGAAUGCGUGAGAUAGCUACACCAGGACGCGCUGUUUGGAACAUCACUGCUCUGCCAAACAGUUACUGGGCAAAUAUCAGCUGGAUGCAUAACUUAGAUCUGGGAUCUGAGUUUGUGGUUGAGUAUACUGACAGUAACAAUACGGUGAAACAAAUCCAACUUAAGACUCCCCCUCCCUCCAUCCAGCUGUCUGACCUGGUGCCCGGGAUGAGCUACAAAGUGCGGGUUUAUUCCCGGGAAUACCACUCAGUCACAAGUCCAUAUGUGACGUUCGAGACCAGCUCAGCUUACACCAAGAGUCAGGUAGAUAUCGCUACCCGAGGCUGGUUCAUUGGGCUCAUGUGUGCGAUCGCUCUGCUGGUCCUUAUCCUGUUAAUUGUGUGUUUCAUCAAGCGAAGUCGAGGAGGAAAAUACCCAGUGCGAGAGAAAAAAGAGGUAGCAUUGGGUACUGAAGAUCAGAAGGAAGAGGAUGGAUCAUUUGACUACAGUGAUGAAGACAACAAGCCCUUGCAAGGCAGCCAGACCUCUCUAGAUGGGACCAUAAAGCAACAGGAGAGCGAUGACAGCUUGGUUGAUUAUGGAGAAGGGGGCGAAGGGCAGUUUAACGAAGAUGGCUCCUUUAUAGGGCAGUAUACAGUAAAAAAAGACAAAGAUGAGACAGAGGGAAAUGAAAGUUCAGAGGCAACCUCACCAGUGAAUGCCAUUUAUUCCCUGGCAUAGGACACUAUAACAUUACACCUCUUCCUUACCACCUGCUUCCGAUUAUCCCUUCUCCAAAUAAUUUCUCCCCCAAUCGUCAAGAUCCAUAUUGGGCACCUACAUUUAGACAUGAACACUAAAGCAGGCUACAGGUGAAAUCCACAGACCAAAUGGUGAUAUAAACAAAAGUGAGAUCUCCAGAUACUCCAUUUUGCAGUUUACUAUAUUAGCCACAUGGUGUCAUAAAGGAGACAAAGCAGAACUGUUAAGACAGUUUCAUCAAACAUCAUGGAACCAGUCCACUGCAGUUUCACGAAUCAUCCUCUGGAGGGAGACAGUGACAAAAGACGUAUCUAUGAUAUGCUAGUUAUCAUGAAACCAAUAAAAAAAAAAUGCUUACUGAAACUGAGACAUUGAACUCCAGGAAUACAUGGGUAACAUGCUUUUUCCUAACCCUAUUAAAAAGGUGGAACGAUGACUUGAAUCACCAUUAAUGGAUGGAUUUUAGGGAUUGUCUGCAAUGUUCUGUGUCACUAACUACCACUCUAUAAGGGAGAGGUUAUAGUAUCUAAUAAUUUGUUCUCCCUUGCAGGGUAAUUCUUAACCUUAUUUUUGCCCGGCUCUGGAGUAUUCAGUAACAUGGACAAUGUGACUACAAGGGCAAUAAGGCACUCUGGGGUUUGCCUACAUUAUCACUUUCCCUCAGGAGACAA